GAGGUCGUGUCGCGUUCGCCGAAUACCGUCACCCGCUGGUUCAAGAGCGGGAGAAGAAGCCGAUGCAAGUAAAAGAUGUCCGACCAAAACCCUCUCCCUCCUCCUCCUCCUCCUUUCACCAUCGGUCCUCCCUUUUCCGCCCCUUUGGUCCCUCAGAACCCUAACCCUAACCUUCAUCCUAACUUUUACCUUAACCCCAGCCCCAACUUCCACCUCCAAGUCCCCUUCCAGACCAAGCGCAAGCGCACCGGCGUCCGCCGCCGCGCGGCCGCCCCUCCCUCGUCCGUCGCGCUUCCUCCGCCCCUUCCCUCCCUCGCGCCCCCGCCUCCGGCCCCCUCCAACCCUCUCCCCGACCCAGGCCCCCAGAACCCUGAUCCUGACAUCUCCGAGGAGAUCAUCGUCAUCAACAAGGAGGCCACCACCGAAGCCCUCACCGCCCUCACCGCCGGCUUCCCGGCUGACUCCCUCACCGAGGAGGAGAUCGAGGCCGGCGUCGUCUCCUCCAUCGGCGGCAUCGAGCAGGUCAACUACAUCCUCAUCCGCAACCACAUCCUCUCCAGAUGGAGGGAGAACGUCUCCAACUGGCUCACCAAGGAGGCCUUCGUCUCGGUGAUCCCGCCGCAUUACGAGCCCCUUCUAAAUUCGGCCUACAACUUCCUGGUCUCGCACGGGUACGUGAACUUUGGAGUUGCGCCAGCGAUCAAGGAGAGGAUCCCCGCGGAGCCAACCAAGGCGAAUGUGGUUAUUGUGGGCGCUGGCCUUGCGGGACUGGCUGCAGCAAGGCAGUUGAUGUCGUUCGGGUUCAAAGUUGUGGUCUUGGAAGGAAGAAAGAGGUGUGGAGGCAGAGUGUAUACGAAGAGGAUGGAGGGGGCUAACAAGUUUGCAGCAGCUGAUUUGGGCGGGAGUGUGUUGACGGGCACCCUGGGGAACCCACUUGGUAUCAUCGCCAAACAGUUGGGUUCAACGCUUCAUAAGGUCAGAGAUAAGUGCCCCUUGUACAGGCCAGAUGGGAAGCCGGUGGAUCCUGACUUGGAUACUAAGGUGGAAAAUGCAUUCAACAAGCUUCUGGAUAAGGCCAGCCGACUGAGGCUGUGUAUGGGAGAGGUUGCGAUGGAUGUCUCGCUCGGGGCUGCACUGGAGACUUUUAGGCAGGUGUACGGUGAUGCUGUGACUGAAGAGGAGAUGAAUCUAUUUAAUUGGCACUUGGCAAAUCUGGAGUAUGCUAAUGCUGGUUUACUGUCGAAGCUCUCGCUUGCCUUUUGGGAUCAGGAUGAUCCAUAUGACAUGGGCGGCGAUCACUGUUUCUUGCCGGGUGGGAAUGGGAGGUUGGUUCAGGCUUUAUCUGAGAAUGUUCCUAUUAUCUAUGAGAAGACAGUCCAUGCAAUCCGGUAUGGUGGUGACGGAGUGCAAGUAAUCUCAGGCUCACAGGUUUAUGAGGGGGACAUGGCACUGUGUACAGUUCCCCUUGGUGUCUUGAAGAAUGGGAGUAUAAAGUUUGUACCAGAGCUACCUCAGAGAAAGCUUGAUGGGAUUAAGCGGUUGGGUUUUGGCUUGUUGAAUAAGGUUGCUAUGUUGUUCCCUCAUGUCUUUUGGAACAUGGAUAUUGAUACCUUUGGGCAUCUGUCCGAUAAUCCAAGUCAUCGAGGGGAGUUCUUUUUGUUCUAUAGUUAUGCAACGGUAGCUGGUGGACCCCUCUUGAUUGCAUUGGUUGCAGGGGAAGCAGCACAUAACUUUGAAACGAUGCCUCCCACAGAUGCUGUGACACUAGUUCUUCAGAUUCUAAGAGGUAUCUUUGAGCCACAAGGAAUUGAAGUUCCAGAUCCUCUCCAAAGUGUCUGCACUAGAUGGGGUACUGACUCCUUCAGUUUGGGUUCUUAUUCACAUGUUGCCGUUGGGGCAUCCGGGGAUGACUAUGAUAUCCUAGCAGAAAGUGUCGGAGAUGGGCGGCUUUUCUUUGCUGGAGAGGCUACAACAAGGCGCUACCCUGCUACUAUGCAUGGAGCUUUCAUUAGUGGUCUAAGAGAGGCUGCUAAUAUGGCCCACCAUGCUAAUGCACGGGCUUUACAAAUAAAAGUGGAAAGAAGCCCCUCUAAGAACACUCAGGCUUGUGCUGCCCUUCUAGCAGAUUUAUUUAGGGAACCUGACUUGGAAUUUGGAAGUUUUUCUGUUAUUUUUGGCCGGAAAACAUCUGAUCCAAAGUCUCCAGCAAUUAUUCGAGUGUCAUUGGGUGGUCCACGAAAGAAGAAUACCAAUGAGGUCUCAAAGGCAGAUCAACAGCAUUCAAACAAGUUGCUGUUUCAGCAGCUUCAAUCCCAUUACAAUCAGCAACAACAGCUUCAUGUUUACACAUUGUUAUCUCGACAACAAGCUCUAGAUUUGAGAGAGGUGAGAGGAGGGGAUGAUAUGAGGUUGUUUUACCUAACUGAAAAACUUGGUGUAAAGUUGGUUGGUAGAAGAGGGCUGGGACCUGCUGCUGAUUCUGCUAUUGCUUCCAUUAAGGCUGAGAGAGGCAACCGAUGAGCCAAAUUGAUUUAUUUAGAUUUAAUGAUCCAUUGAUGUAAAGAACAAUGAUUGAUGUUAUGUUUGAAUGGGUUUGUGGAAUAGUCACCAUUGCAUGGAGUAAGCUGGUUUUUGCAUCUUGACCUGCUACCGAUACAGGACGACGGCACCAAUGGGAAAUCGUAGUUCGGUUGGUUUAAAGCUAUUUCAUAAGAUUGAGGCCGUGGACCAACUCCUGGACAGGAUUUGCAUAUAGCUGAGGCUUGCUAAAUAUUGCAACAUUUGUUGUCUUUGUUCCAUGUUACCUGCUACGCUUUUGUUCGAUUUCCUGAAAGUCUCAAAAUCUGAGCCACUUGUUCCUUUCUAUACUGAAAUCAACUUGGGAAAGAUUACUUUUUAUGUACAAUUAUUUUUCUGGUUUUGGUUGCCAAGUAUAUAUACCUCAAAAAGGCAGAGCUGAGUAAAUCAACAUGUCAUUCAAGGGUUUUAAGGGGUAGAACGAGUUCUGUUGAAUGAUUUGUUAUAUAUUCAUAUUGAUGUAACCCCUCUUUGAUUUCAUUUUCAGAAGCACUGUCUCUCCUUGUAAUGAGAACAAAUAGAUGUACCAAAUUGUUCUCCAAUCAGUCACUGCGAUGUCUCACUCCC